AUGGAGGCGGAAAGCCUGAUGGUGCUGUACGGGGACGACUCGGUGGAGGUGCACUACGCGGGGGGGUCCCGCUUGCUUCUGUCUCCUUGCGGCUGCGAGUACCUGUACGAAGCGGCGCUCCCUGCCGCUGCCCACCCCCUCCAGCCGGCGGAGACCACCCGCCAGCGGGUCGCCUUCGUCGUCAGUGCCCACAGGGAACAACUUCUGCGAGCUCUAGAUUUCCGGAACAAGUUUUCUUCUCGCCUGUACUUACCUUCACGUGUUAUACCUCCAGAAAGAAAAAAGAUUCUCUUCAGUGAUAUCAUAGAAAUUAGAUGGCCUGACCCUGCUACGGCUGAUCUGACAAGAUGUAUAGACAAUGGCAGUGUGAAGAUCUCAUCAGUAGAUGGUUAUGCUCACCUUUACCUCUCAGAAUUGCAGCAAGAAUUUACAGUGGAGUUCUUAUGCAAAGUCAGCCAGUCAUCUACAGCAUCCUUAUGCUCCUCUCAAAAGAACAGCAACUAUCAAACCGGAGAUCAGUAUGGAAAAUCAAGUAAAAAUUCUGUUGCAGAAAUGUCAUCACAACAAACGAGAAUAGAGAAUAAGAAGAAUGAACAUGGUUGUGCUGAAGGUAAAUACAGAGAACCAGCUAAACCAAAGGACCAGAAAGACAGAGAUGGAGUCCCUUUGUUCUGCACAAAUUGUUCUUCUGAAUACACAUGGGUUACACAGUGUUGGUCUGUUUCCUCCUACCCUGAAGAAUGGAAAUACCCUUUGUCGUUGGCACUGAUGUGCUAUAACUUACGUACUGUUAAGAAUGUAAUGAAGACAAGUGCGAAAAACAACCAUACAUCUAUAGAAGCUGAUGUUUUAAUAGACCACGAAACACAUGAAACGGUUUCUCAUUUACCUACAGCUUUGCCACUCAGCUGCAGAGCCCCACAUUUACACAGGUGGACUUUCUGUGACUUCUUUCAGAAUCAAGAUACUGAAAAGUAUUCAUGCCCUCAGCUAAUUCAAAUUGUAUGGUGCCAAGGUGUUUUUUAUAGAUUUAUCCAUGGUAGGACAAACAUCACAGAAAUUUAUCCUGGUGAUGACUCAUUUUUCAAGUCAGAGGGAGCAUUUUUGGGAAACUAUUUUGUACAUUAUGCAAUCAAAAAAGGAACAAAAAAGAGAGAAGAAAAGAUGUAUUCAGUAAACAGCCUACCUCCAGAUGUACCAGGAAAUCCGUACUCUAUAUCCUCCAUUAUUACUCAGGCAACCAAAAUACUUCAGUACUGCUACAAGACUAAACUAUCAUUAACUCAUAACUAUUAUCUCUGCUGCUGGAAAAUGGUACCUGAGACAGAUGGACGAGAAAUGUUGCCAGUUUUGCUGUAUGAAAAGGUUAUUCCCAGCAUAGGAAGAUUCGUCGUGUACUCGGAUCAUAAAGUCCAUGCUGCUUUUUGGGAUGGGAUGACCUUGAAUAUGGUCUGGGAUUUCAGCGCUUCCUGUAGUAAGAUCCAGAUGAAUGAAGAUGUAGGCUGGUGUAAGUUAACUACUCCUGAUGGGGUACAGCAGCUAAUACAAAUUAGUCAUCCUGGAAUCUAUGAAAGGUACAUCAGAACAGCAAUAGAAUGGUGCAGAAGUUUGAAUGAAAGGAAGGAGAUUCCUGAAUAUACUGCACACUCUGUAACUGAAGAAAAUUGGUGUGCUGAUGCUGAGCUCAAAAAAAUACAGAGAUUUAACUUUUUAUUGGAUAAUAGCAAUGUUCUGGAAGCAUCUGCCACAAAAACCAAUCCAUCUGGUAUUACUGUCAGAAAAACAGAAAACAGGAGUGAGCUGGAAGAAAUCAGCGAAGGGUGCGUCUUGGAGGCUUUGGAAAAAACUUCUAAAGUAAUUCAGGAUAUUGAAUCUCUGCUUGCAGCUUCUGGGAAGUGAAGCCUCGUAGCAUGUGAAGACCUGUGUUCCGUAUCUUCAUAGGAGCUGUCCCAGCUACGUCUGAGGAGGCUUUGAGGUGCAAGAGGAAUGAAGGCUGAAGGCAGAGUGAGAAGUUGCCAUUGUAAUACCACAGCAGACCAGCAAAGUCUAUCAGUUGCCAUUAUAAUACCACAGUUGUAUAUUGUGGAUAGGCAAAAAGAAUAGGUGAAAUAAGAGAACACAGCUGUAUAAAUAUAUCAGGGCUGACCUGACAGUGCUGCUUUUAAAUGUGUGAAGGUCUUGUUUGAAUUGUUUAAUUUUAUACAGGACUGUGCAAGCAACUUAACUGCUCAAGUGACUAGGAUAUGGAUAAGCAGUUUUAACUGUAAAAAAUGUGCUUUUAUUCAGAAGCUUACACCAAGUAGUCCAAUAUUGAAUAAAAAGUUU